AUGGAAAACAUUUUGGAUACAAAAAAAGAAAACCAGACAAGCAUCACAGAAUUUAUCCUUCUGGGUUUUGGGAAUCUCCAAGAACUGCAGCCUCUCCUUUUCUGCUUCUUCUUGAUGAUUUAUCUGAUGACAAUAAUUGGAAAUAUCCUCAUCUUCCUGCUUGUUAUGGCUGAUCAGCUCCUUCAUACUCCAAUGUACUUCUUCCUGGCAAAUUUAUCAUUUCUGGAUACCUGUUAUAGCUCUACCUUGCUGCCUAAAAUGUUGUCAAACUUUCUGAGUGCUGAGAAAACUAUUACUGUGAAUGGAUGUCUAGCUCAAUAUCAUUUCUUUUGUCUUAGUGGAGCUACAGAAGCAUAUCUUUUGGCUGUAAUGUCAUAUGAUCGCUAUUCAGCAAUUUGUAGACCUCUGUUCUACCCUUCUAUUAUGAAUAAGAAUUUUUGUUUCCAGCUUAUUGCUGGGACUUGGAUAAGUAGUAUGACAUUUAAUGCUGUUCUGGUGGCUCUCGUGGCUCAGUUAUCUUUCUGUGGACCAAAUGUCAUAGACCAUUACUUUUGUGAUUUACAUCCACUGAUAAAAAUGUCUUGUAGUGACACAACUUUAUUUGAACUCUUUACUUUUUGCAUGACCAUCAUUUUCACAAUUCCUCCAUUUCUUUUGACUCUCACCUCUUACAUUUGCAUCAUUGUCAGUAUCAUCAAAAUAAAUUCCACCAUUGGAAGGCAAAAAGCCUUCUCAACCUGCUCCUCUCACCUCUUGGUAGUAUGCCUUUUCUAUGGCACAUCAGUCAUUGUCUAUACAUUGCCAGAUACCUCCUCCCUAAAACACCUCAACAAAAUCAUUUCCGUUUUCUAUACUGUUGUAACUCCUCUGCUCAAUCCACUUAUCUAUUCUUUAAGAAACAAAGACAUUCACAAAGCGCUAGGGCGAUUUUUAAAUAAAGUGUUAAAUUUUGGCAUGAAUCACCCAAAGCUGUAA